UUUCGAGACUUGUUCGGUUGCGUCUUUWCUUGUUUGUUUUGGCGUUAUUCAUAUUCAGUCACAAUAGUCAAUAGUUCAAUACUUCAACAGUCAGCACUCACUACUCACAUAUUCACGUGUCUUACAGACUAUAGUUGCAUUUAGACAAUCUUGUCAUCUUAAUUCUCUAUCUCUCUGCUGUUGUGCUGUUACACGUGGUCUAUCCUCAAUUUUUGCUUGCCCGUCGAUAUAAUUGUUAAUUAAUUAAUUUUGACGACACUCUUAAGUCAAUCACGCGAUCUCCAACCAUGAAACUGUUGACGCACAAUAUGCUAUCGUCCAAGAAUCUAGAAGGAGGCACUGUGGGAUAUCCGUUUCGCAUUGUCGCUAAAGACAUCAGGAUAUCUCAUUCUGAGUUCAACAAGAAUUUUUUACAGAGAUUGAUUCCGAAAAUUAAUUGGAUAGUUUUUGUUAACGCAGCUAAGCAAAUUGGAUUAGGCAAAGACCUGUCUGAUAAGUUAAUUGAUAACUUUGRAAAUGAUGAAGAGUUCCUCAAAAAAGUUCACCAUUUACUCUUGGAAGUAGAUAUUAUAAAUGGUAUACUCAUAUGUCCAGCAACAAAUAGAGAGUUCCCAAUAUCAGSUGGUGUACCUAACUUACUGUAAAGAUGAAAUUAAGUAUUAGUAUACAUGACAUUUAACGAAUUCCURUACUUUUAAAUCUUACAUUUAUUCUUUUUUAUAAUUUAAUAAAAAAUGUAUUUAACCUGAUU